CACACGCGUGCGCUCGAAUGAAGGCGCUAGCUACUUGUUUGCUGGAACUAUUUAUUGAUAUUUAUAAAUGUGUGCGUUUAUAUGAAAUAUCAUAAACUAGAGUUAUUGUUUCGUUUUUUGGAAAAUAAACCCCGCACAUGAGCUCGUAAGCGAAUUAUUUAAGUUUGUUAGCAAAACUAGCUAAAAGCUGCACACUGGUUUAUUUUCUGUGUUUUUUUUCUUUUAGUUGAGUUCUUAAUAAAAAAUAAAAAAAAAAAUGGACGAGGAACCAGAGAGAGCAAAGCGUUGGGAAGGAGGUUAUGAACGAACAUGGGAGGUGUUGAAGGAAGACGAGUCCGGGUCCCUGAAAGCCACCGUAGAGGACAUUCUCUUCGAGGCUAAACGGAAGAGGGUGUUCGAGAGUCAUGGGCAGGUUCGACUGGGAAUGAUGCGUCACCUGUACGUGGUGAUCGACUCGUCUCGGACAAUGGAGGACCAGGACCUGAAGCCGAACAGACUCGCAUCCACGCUGAAGCUCAUGGAGUAUUUUGUCGAAGAAUACUUUGACCAGAACCCCAUCAGUCAGAUCGGAAUCAUCACCACCAAGAACAAAAGAGCCGAGAAACUCACUGACCUUGCAGGAAACCCUAAGAAGCACAUAACAGCGUUGAAGAAAGCUGUGGACUCGGGGUGUGUGGGCGAGCCGUCGCUGUACAACGCCCUCAGCAUCGCCAUGCAGACGCUCAAACACAUGCCAGGACACACCAGCCGAGAGAUUCUGGUCAUCUUUAGCAGUCUGACCACCUGUGAUCCAGCCAACAUCUACGACCUCAUCAAGACGCUGAAGUCGCUUAAAAUCCGAGUGUCUGUGAUCGGACUGUCUGCUGAGGUUCGGGUGUGUACCGUUCUCACCAGAGAAACAGGAGGAAGCUACAACGUGAUCCUGGACGAGAGCCACUUUAAGGAGCUGCUGACGUUCCACGUGAAGCCUCCUCCUGCCAGCUCCACCUCCGAGUGCUCGCUCAUCCGCAUGGGCUUCCCUCAGCACGUCAUCGCUUCUGCUUCUGAUCAGGACGCCAAGCCUUCCUUCAGCAUGUCGCACUUGGAGAGCUCCGAUGGAGGACCAGGACUCAGUCUCGGUGGUUAUUACUGUCCCCAGUGCAGAGCCAAAUACACUGAGCUGCCUGUCGAGUGUAAAGUGUGUGGUUUGACGCUGGUCUCUGCCCCUCACCUCGCUCGCUCCUUCCACCACCUCUUUCCCCUGGAAGCAUUUCAGGAGCGUCCCCUAGAGGAGCACACAGGAGACAGGUUCUGUCAAGCCUGUCAAGGAGAGCUGAAGGACAAAAGUGUGUUCACGUGUUCGGUGUGCGCGAGUGUGUUCUGUGUGGAGUGUGACGUGUUUAUUCACGACACGCUGCACUGUUGUCCGUGCUGUAUACAGAGACAGGGAGCGUCCUGAGGACCGAGUUUAAAUAACACACUCGGAGAACCCGCGUUCCUCAGCUACACUGUAGAACCUUCUGCUGCUUGUACUGGAUCCUUUUGGAGUCAGUGUCAGAUUAUAGCUUUCAGUGAAGAAGCUAAUUCACCAUUUUGUGUGUGCGCGUGUGUGUGUGUGUGUGUGUGUGUGUGUGUGUGUGUGUGUGUGUGCGCGCGCAGGGUGUGUAUUAGUUACAUCAACCAGCACAUGAUUUCUACAUGCACCUCAAAUGGGUGUGAAAUGUGUGUAAACUAAACUGCAUCAUGAAGCAAGGCCAGGCGUCUCCACUGGUUCCAACCAAAACAUCACACACACCUACCUCGUAACAUCACACACUCCGAGAGAUCCUGAUCAGCUGGAUUAGGUGUGUUGGGUAAUAAACAGCUAUUGAAAACAGGGUGUAUGGAGUUAUUUUCCUGCCACAAGUGUGUGUUUACCAGCUGCAGCUCCAAGAACCUUCAUGAACAUGAGCAGUGGGAGUCCCUGAGUCGCCAUAGGGGCAAACCUGGCCGUGCUUUCUGAGUGGGAGGGGCAUACUUUCUCUCUCCUGUCAAUCACAGCAAAAAUAGAUAAUUGUCAGUGUCUGUGAGCUCGUGUAUGUGGAAGAGGGUGGAUAGCGCUUUUCUCCCAGGAAGCACAUGUUGACAAAGCCCAAAUUAAAACAGAUGUGAGCAAUGCACCAAUCACAGAUGACCUACAGUCCUGAAACAAAGGUGUGUGUGUGUGUGUGUGUGUGUGUGUGUGUGUGUGUGUGUGUGUGUGUGUGUGUGUGUGUGUGUGUGUGUGUGAAAGCACGAUCAUACACCCAUUGGCUUUCGUCUCGAUCUCAGCAGUAAGGAAUUGAGUCGUAGUUCUUGGAUCCAGGGCAGAUAAUUUGUGAAAAGAUGCAGUAAUCAAUUUUUUUUAAAAAUUUGUUACUUGUUCAAAUAACCUGGACAAUAUGAAGAACAUGUUUUAAAAAUGUGCCGUGGCCUUAGCACAAAUCUAUUAAGUCGCUGAGAAAAGCUGUUUGGAAAACUGACUUCGGGUCUGUAAGACUACAGAGCGUUUAGAUUUCAGAAAAUGUUCUAAAUAAGAGUGUUUCAGAAAGCUAGACCUGUUAACCAUCCAAAAGACUCCUGAGGAAACUUUUUUUUUUUUUUUUUUUCUAACAGUGUAUGUGUACAGGAAACCCAACUGUCACUCCUGUGUAGCUUCAGUGCUGCAGAUGUGAUUAAAUGGAUUUUGGUUUA